AAAAUGGAAGAAUACAAAGUGUUGAAAGUACUAGGAGAGGGAUCCUUUGGCAGAGUUCUCCUAGUUCAUCAUGGAAUCAGUGACCAGAAGUAUGCGAUGAAGGAAAUAAGACUUCCCAUGUCUUCGUCUGGUGUAGAGAACUCUAGGAAGGAAGCAGUUCUUUUGGCUAAAAUGAAACAUCCGAAUAUCGUUGCCUAUAAAGAAUCAUUUGAAGCUGAUGGACAUUUGUAUAUAGUGAUGGAAUAUUGUGACGAUGGAGAUCUAAUGCAAAAGAUUAAACACCGAAGAGGAAAUUUGUUCCCUGAAGAUAUGAUCCUUCACUGGUUUGUGCAGAUGUGCCUGGCGGUGAACCACAUUCAUGAUAAACGUGUGCUGCACAGGGAUAUAAAAUCCAAGAACAUCUUCCUCACUCAAAACGGGAAAGUGAAAUUGGGAGAUUUUGGAUCUGCACGCCUUCUUGCACACCCGAUGUCAUACGCUUACACAUAUGUGGGAACUCCUUAUUACGUACCUCCAGAAAUAUGGGAAAGCAUGCCAUACAACAACAAAAGUGAUAUAUGGUCUCUGGGGUGUAUUCUAUAUGAGCUGUGCACUCUAAAACAUCCGUUUCAAGCCAAUAGCUGGAAACAUCUCAUCCUUAAGAUAUGCAAAGGGUCCUACAAUCCACUACCAUCUCACUACUCCUAUGAACUUCAUUACUUAAUAAAACAGAUGUUUAAGAGAAAUCCUCAGGAUCGUCCAUCAGCCAGUACUAUUCUUUCAAGAGGUUGCUUAACCAAACUUAUAAAAAAUUGUUUGCCUUCUGAGAUGAUAAAAGAGUUUGAGCAGGUAUUAAAGGAAACCAAGAAACAUGAAGGCAGUGCAGCAAGACGAAAGGGUAGUGUCAUGGCUGGUGGAAGCUCAAAUAAUAGGAAAGAAAAUAGGCGAAGAGAAGAUGAAAGUAGCAAUCGUAGCCCCUUAGAAAGGAAAAAUAUUACUGAGGGUUUGAGUGAAGGCACAAAGGAACAAAGGAAGUCUGAGCAAGAGGGAGAUAUUGAUUUGUCACAUGUCCACAGGAGGCAAUGGGAAAAAAGGAUAUCCAAUACUGUCCUGGAUGUCCUGGAAAAUGCAUCCUUGCUUUCUUCAAGUUUUACACCUGAAGAGACUGAAAGUGGUGGUGUUAUAAACUACUGUGAAAAAAAGCCACGUAAGCAGUGGGACAAGGAAACCCCUCGGACCCUGAUGAACAUUCUCACUAAUGCAGAUGUCAGCCUAGCAUUUAAAACCUACACAAUUUAUAAGCCAGCUCAACAGCUGAAUGAAGUUGUGACCAAAAUGCAGAUGCUGUAGAGCCAAGUGUCCUCCAUCCUGCUGAGUGGCCUGGUGUAUCUGUUAGGGGGGUGCAAUAAACACACUGCAGCCCUAUCAGGUAAAUCCACUUCCACUAAGUCAGCAAUGCCCUGUUUUGAGGGCAGGAUGGUAAAAUGGUACAGCUAAAGACAGAUGCAGCCUAUAGAUGUGCACAGCCACAGAUACUUGUUCUGCAUUUAAAACAGGUAACAACUUGACCUGGAAUCUACUACAAAGUGGGGACAAAUUAGAAAGACUACAUAGUAUUAAUACUUUUAAUAGGUUUAUUUUUUAAAUUAAAAUAUUUUGGUGACAUUUU